AUGUUCCGCUCCGCUAUUGUGCGCUCGUUGAGAGCUUCCGUUCCUCGCACCGUUCGGGCUGCUGCUCCUCGCAUUCAGAUCACUCCUGCUGUUCGCCCUUCUCAAUUCGUUCCUGUCUUCAAUACUCAAACUCCUCGUUUCUACUCUGCUCCCGCUGCUCUUUCCAAGGAUGAGGUUGAGGGCCGUAUAGUGAACUUGUUGAAGAACUUUGAUAAGGUUUCCGACGCCAGCAAGAUUAACGGAGCUUCUCACUUCACAAAUGAUUUGGGCUUGGACAGCCUUGAUGUUGUCGAGGUUGUGAUGGCCGUUGAGGAGGAAUUCAGCAUUGAGAUCCCCGACAAGGACGCUGAUGCCAUCCACAGUGUCGAACAAGCCGUUAGCUACAUCCUCUCCCAGCCUGAUGCCCAUUAA